UCGUUGUAGACACCUGUUACAAGCAGCAGACUAAGGAGCGACCCGUACAGAGAAGAAUAGAUGGACGGAGGCAGGUGACCAGAGCUUGCUGAAGAGUCACAGGUAAGCACUGUACAAGGAAGGAACAUAGUGUAUGAGGGGGUGCUGGAGUGUUUAGGUGACAGAAUUAAAGGCUGACAAGACGAUGCCUUGGAUCUAGACAAACUGAUGAAUGAUAUGAAUAAUACGCUGGAAGACUUACAAACUUCUGCGAGCCAGGCACAAAAAGCAGCUAUUUUUUCAAGUGAUAAGAGUAAUGUAAAAGGUUUUCCCAGUCCACCUUUAAUAACUUUGCGUUCUCCUUUAUUGCCACCAAGUGCUCCGGAAAAGAAGACUGUUCUUUUAAAGGGAAACAGGAAAAAUGAGGAUCCUGAAGAAACACUGGCAAGCUCAAUUCCAAAUCCUUUUCCAGAAUUGUUUACCUCACCUGUUUCAUCUGUAGUCUGUCAAUGUUUGGUGCCUUGGACUGAAACGAGUAAAACUCAGGUAAUUAAAGUAUAUAAUGAGAAUGAAACAAGCCGAGCACUUGAAGUACCGAGUGACAUUACAGCUCGAGAUGUAUGCCAGUUGUUCAUACUGAAGAAUCACUGCAUUGAUGAUCAUAGUUGGACGCUCUAUGAACAUCUUCCUUAUAUAGGCAUAGAAAGAACCAUAGAAGAUCAUGAACCAGUUAUUGAAGUGCAAUCUAGAUGGGGAAUGGAAACAGAGAGUCGUCUCUGUUUUAGGAAAAAUUACGCCAAAUAUGAAUUCUUUAAAAAACCGCUGGAUUUUUUUCCAGAGCACAUGGUCACUGUUGCAGAUGAUCCAAAUGGAAUUCCUAAUCAUUCACAGCUUGUACAGACAUUUCUCAGUUCAAGCACUUGUCCCGAAAUUCACAGCUAUUUAUAUGCAAAAGAACAGGGGAAAAAAUCAUGGAAAAAAGUUUAUUUUGUCCUGAGGCGGUCUGGGCUCUACUUUUCGAAUAAGGGAACCUCCAAGGAACCCAGGCAUCUUCAGUUCUUUGCUGAAUUCAGUGAGAGUGAUGUCUAUUGCUUGCUAGCUGGACGGAAGAUGUAUGGUGCACCUACUGACUAUGGAUUCUGUAUUAAGCCUAACAAAUCAGGAGGAGCCAGGGACCUGAAACUGCUCUGUGCUGAUGAAGAGCAGAUUCGUACCUGUUGGAUUACAGCCAUUCGACUUUUCAAGUAUGGCAUGCAGUUGUACCAAAAUUUCAUACAUCCUCAUCAGAAACAGAAAACCUCACCAAUUAGGAGCAUUUCAGAAAAUUCACUUGUGGCAAUGGAUUUCUCAGGGCACAAAGGCAGAGUGAUUGAAAACCCAAGUGAAGCACUUUCUGUUGCAGUUGAAGAGGGACUUUCUUGGCGGAGAAAAACCUGCCUUCGGCUGAAUUCACAUGGGAGUCCAUCCACAUCUCAGAGUUCCUCUUCAAAUUUAGCUAUUCACAGAACAUACCCAUGGUUCCAUCAUAAAAUUUCAAGAGAAGAAGCCCACAGAUUAAUUGAACAGCAAGGUCUUACUGAUGGGGUGUUCCUUUUGAGAGACAGUCAAAGUAACCCGAAGACAUCUGUCCUGUCAUUAUGUCACAGCCAGAAAAUUAAGCACUUUCAAAUUUUGCCAUUGGAGGAAGAUGGAGAGCUGUUCUUCUCUAUGGAUGAAGGUCACACAAGAUUUACAGAUCUAAUUCAGCUUGUAGAAUUUUACCAGCUUAACAAGGGAAUGCUACCAUGCAAGCUGAAGCACCACUGUGUUAAGAUUGCUCUAUAAUAAGAGCAUGGCAUUUAUUUUUUGUUUGCUUUCACAUCUCUUGGAAAUAAGGGUUGUCAAAAACUAAAGGCAUUUUAUGUUCAAAUUAAAAUACGCAUCUAAACAGGGCGCAGUUGUUUUCAAUGUUUCUUUUAUAAUAGUGUUCAAAAUGCAUAUAGUGCCUUGGACAAAAUAAAAUUGAUAGUGCAGCACAGAAGGUUAAUUAUUGUAGGUUUCUGCUGAAAAACCAUUGUCGUUUUUAGUUUAUUAUUUAUAUAUGUAUUUCAGUAACAGUAAAUAUGUCAUUCUCAAUAUACACAAACCGAUUAAGAAGCAGGGCAGGGUAGAUUUACUAAUCUAACAGUUUAUACAACAUACUACAUUGUUCAGAUGUGUACGAAUAGUGGGCAAUGAUGCAUGAGACUAGCCAUGAUCCUAUGACAGUGUCACUUUUAAUUGUCAUAGGGCACUUCCUCCAGACAGCAUGUCCCCCGUUCAUACUUGUAUCUGUCCGUGCAAAUUCAAGAAACCUGUAAAUCGUGUGUCUGAUUGAAUGGUUUUUAAAUUUGUAGAAUCAUGAAUAAUCACAAUGUCUGCAUGAUUUACACUGUUUGGUUUUCUAGCACAGUAACACUUUUCACUCAGUUUGAGAAUUGCAAAUUGGUAAGUAUAAAGCCAACAGUUGAAGUGCCAUUGCUACUUUAUGUACCAUACAAAGCUGAAAUAUUUAUUUUGAAGUUUUGUUUAAAUUUGAUAAAGCGGAACACACAUUCUUCCAAUGCUUUGGUUAACAGGCACAGAGAUUUUAUUUGUAUAUAAAAUUAUAAGAUGGAAUGCAUGAAAGCAUGUACUCUAUAUGAAUACUGUAGCUCCAAAGUAUUGUACAUAGUUUUCAUUUUACUGAACUGGAUUCAUUCUAAAAUGUCAUACAAGAGAUACUGCAUACUUUAAUUGUUUUCGAACAGUCAUUUUUGAAAAAGACAUGAAGGUGACCCUUAAAGCCCCUUAAAGAAUAUCAGAAACAAUUGAGCUUAAGGCUUAGUAAAUCUACCCAAAAACUGUGACAACCAAAAUAUUUCAGAAUUUCAAUAAUAAAAAUAAUUAUAUGCUGCAACUUACACGGUUGGACUGGCCAUCCCAAAAAAUGGAAAAACCAAAUGCAUGUAUAAGUGCACCUAUAAAUAUUUUCAUACAGAAGAUAAAGCACUUUAAAAAAAAAAAAAAAAAAAAAAAAAGGAGCAGCAAGGUUUAUAUGUUUGUAGCAAAA